AGAAGCCGAUGUCUUAUAAUAAGCGUUGUUAUUGUUUUUCUUAUUACAUUGAACUAGAUCAACAUAGUACAUGAUUUCACUUUUAAAUAGCAUGACCGAGAGCGGAAUAGUUUAGAGAGGGACAGUUGAAUCGAUGGAUAUAAGCUGCGAUCAGGAAUGAUGGUGAAUAACACUUCUGAAUACUUGAUUAUGAAGCUAAGGAAAGCUUCACGACUCACAAAUUCCAUGAAUGUAAGGAUAUUUCACACGGAAAGGAGAACAUUCAUUGGAGGCUUAAAUGGACACAUUUUCACAUAGGAAAUUUCUCUACAUACUAAUUACAUUCUGUUAGAGAUUAAUUUUGGGGAGUACACAGAAUUAGUAACCAAUCAUCAUAAUUGCUGAAGUUUAUCUACACUCGUUUACGCAGGUUUUAGUUCGGUUAGGUAAAAGGUAAAAUCAUCAUGUUGAUACCCACACCGCGGAUAGCGUUUUAAUAGACAUUCUGAUUAUUGUUGCCCCAUUCUAUACUAAAACUAGUGUACAUUAUUAUUUCAUUAAUUACUUCUGAACAAGGUGAAUUAAUGUCAAUUGCGAGACCCCAUUAAGUGUUCCGAAAUUUCAAUACAUGAAAUUCGUUUUCGGACAUGAUGACUUACUUGACACGUCAAAAAAAUUAACAUAUGUGUUAUCGUAUCUAUACCUUUUUCUUCAUUUACUUCGUUAUUUUCCGAAAUAUAUUAAAUUGAUGAGACGUAAUGUCAUAUCGGAAGAAAAGUGUACCUGCGAAGGAACUUAAUCUUUUACAGAGAUUAUCCAAGUUACAAAAUACAAAUGCCAAUAAUGCUCCUUUUCAAGCACACAAUGCGUUGGCCCUUUUAAGACAAAUGAAACUUUCACAGAGAGCAACUUUCGAUCAGUUUGUCAAGCAGGCAACAGUGCUCAAUUUUUACGCUGCGCAUGCCGUUCGUGACGCCGUAAAGGAAAAUAGCCCAUUUUAUACCUUGCCUCUCCCACAAUACUUUAUUAGCUCUGAUGAUUCGCCUAACGAUUUUGAACCUCGCAAAUUCUACCAUAGCAGCUCUGUUACGAUUUCAGAUAAAAAGGCUAAAUCUGGGGUAUACUUGCCGCGUUGUGGCCUUACUGGACUAUUUUUUAACCGAGAGGAGGUGAUUGAUAAUUUGCAAGCUGCUGCAUCAGACUUAGGUUUCAGUUCCCCUUUUUGGAUUCGCAGUGAUCAUCCAGCACUUCGUUCUGGAUUUCUGACCGUCAAAGAUGAUAGCGAGGUGAUUUGCAUUAGUUUAACAGCAGAGAUCACUCCUGUGGAGAAUGUAGUACCGUUUAGUGAGAACUUGCUGCAUUCAAGCCUUCGGAAUGGAGCGGAGUUUUUGAGGCCUUCCGCUUCCAUUCCAAGAGGUAUGAAUUCUAUAACAGGUUUUGUAUCCAGAAACCCUUUUAUAUGCUCGCUUCCUCAUCGAGGUCUUUGGUUAUCACGUGAUCAACUCUUGCAACACGGGAUAUCUCUUAGGUCAUCAAAGGAUGCUACUUCCGAUGAUGAGGCCUUUACGCUUGUCGAAACUGAGCAAUGGGAGCUCUAUAAUGCGGACCAGCUCACAGUACCUGGAAGGCUGGGAUUAAAAAGAUGCGUUCCACAUGAUGAAGUUGUGGGAGGCCUAUUCCAGCCGUUUUAA